AUGGCAUCGUUUCCGCCCAAAUGCUGCGGCAAACCUCUUCGCAUCUCAGUCUGGGGAACCAUGCUUGAACCUGAUAUUCUGGAGCGGUACAAGGAGAUCGAAGCCGAGUUUAGCGCCAAUCGCCCACUGUACUGCGCAUCACCACAAUGCUCCACGUUCAUCCCAGAAGGCGCUAUGGUCCCACAGGAUGAGCUCGGUCUCUGCCCUAAAUGUGCGACCGCGACAUGCAGAAAGUGCAGACGACUAAUGGACGAUCAUGCUGUUUGGGACGUCGCCGAACGUAUCUGCCCAAAGGAGGAAGAGGGCUUGACGAAACUCUACGAGCUAGGAAGUGAAAAAAAGUGGAAACAAUGUCCGACUUGUCUGAACAUGGUUGAGAAGACUGACGGGUGUAAUCACAUGGAUUGUAUCUGUGGUGUGGAAUUCUGCUACCGCUGCGGCAAUCUCUUCGACGAGGAUGAUGUUUGUGAAUGCGAACUCAACACAUGGGGCCCCGAGGACGAUGGUGAAGAGGAGGACGAAGAAGAUGAUGACGACGAGGAGGUUGACGAAGAAGACGAAGAAGAUGAUGAGGAUGAGGAAGAGUGGCCCAAUUACCGCCUCGCAGUUGACCCUGCUGGUCGCCCGAGGUGCUUACACACAGACUUGUCUCCAAUGGGCGCGAACCAGCAUACCUGUCACGGAUGUCUCCAGAGAAAUCUUCUCCUGACCUGCGAGGACUGUGCGCUGGAGCUAUGCCAGACGUGUGUGGACAAGAUAAGAAACCCAGCUAAUGGUGAUGGCGAUGACGGGAAGGAGGAGUUUAUGGACUUGGAUCACCGUGGGAUUGAAAGAGGCCCCAGACCCGGAGGUGUCGGAGCGUGGUCGAACAACGCGGAUCAUUUGAACUGA